AUGCAGGUAAUGGUGAUCGUCCUUAGUGGUGCCUUUUUGUCCUAUAAGGGAUACAUCGACGAAGAUAAACAAAAGUGGCUUUCUAAAUUGAACCUGACUUUCUUCACACCCUGCUUAUUGUUUUCCAACAUUGCGUCUGUCAUAUCCUUAGAUAAGUUUACUCGAUAUUGGCCUAUCCCUAUAUUUUACUUUACUUUCGCUACUUUGUCAUGGUUUCUGUGCCAUUUGAUCACUCCUUUCUUCAGAGUCAGUAAUCUUUACAAACGGUUCAUCACAAGUUGUGUAGUUUUCAAUAACGCAAACUCCCUACCUGUGGCCAUUAUAUCAAGUUUAGCUGUAUCAGAAGCAGGCAAAACAUUAUUCUGGGGCGAUGAUGAUAACCAAAAAAAUGUCUCUUCAAGAGGUAUUGCUUAUGUGUUGUUCUUUGGACUUUUCAGUAAUUUAUUAAGGUGGUCAUAUGGCUAUAAUAUAUUGAAAAAUGAAGAUGAAGAUGAAGAUGAAAAUACAGUAUUUGAGGAUGAAUCAUCUUGCUCUUCUGUUCCUAAAGGCAAGACGACGUCUUACGGUUCAGUGACAGAGGACAAUAAUCGACGAAAAUAUUCCAAUGUAUCUUCGUCAACCUCUACUAGUUCCUCUUCCGGCAGCCAACAGCGAAAAAACCAGCAAAAGGAAUCUACCACUCUCUUGAAUUGUAACAGUAAAAAUAGUGAAGACUCUCCGCUACCUUUGAUAGCCAUCAAAAAAUUCUUUAUCUCGAUUGAUAAAUUCAUGUCCCCGCCUCUUUAUGCUGCAAUUCUUGCCAUCAUGGUAGGGAUCACUACACCUUUGAAAACACUACUCUACGAUGAAGACAAGUUUCUUUAUGUGUCUUUUACGAAAGGUAUUGAAUCAUGUGGAAAGGCAUCCAUCCCAUUAGUACUGGUAUGUCUUGGUGCUCAACUCAAAUGCAUUCGGCAGUCCCAGAAGGAUGGGUCUGUCACGCCACCAGAAUAUCGCAAACCGGUCUUUCUUUCCAUCUUUAUUCGUAAUCUUAUUAUGCCCUGCUUCGUGCUGCCUAUUGUUUACUUUUUUGCACGUUUCGGUGGGGGGUUUUCAAAGUUACAAAGUGAUCCAAUGUUUAUUGUUAGUAUGAUAGUGGUAGGAUGCACGCCUACAGCCAUCAAUUUGGCACAAAUAACACAGGUGAAUGGUGCUUUUGAGAGAGAGAUGCUGAGUGUACUCUUUUGGAGUUAUGGUCUCGUUUGUAUACCCAUUAGUACGUUUGUUAUUUUUUUGGGCCUUUUGCUGGUCAAACAUGUAUUUUAA